AUGAGAGGAUCCGUCGCGAAUCCGGAAUCUACUACCCCAUCUCUGUUCUCGCUAUCACAAGAAACACACACAUCAAUUUUAGUUGCGGAUGCGGUGAACUGUAUUUGUCAAGUUACAGUUGUGGUAAUUACGUUGCGAUCUCCAGUUAUUGAUUGGACAAUCAAUUUGAUUAUUGGUGCGAUCUUCCAAGCGGCAUAUGCUGUGGAGUAUCCAUUGAUUUUUGUACUUGCCGUGAACAGAUUCGUUGCUGUUAUAUUUCCUUAUAAAAUGGAAAUUUUAUUCUCAAGGAAAACAUCUGCUGUAAUAAUGAUCGCCUGCUCCAUAUUUGGCGCUUUCAACUGUGCUCUCUGUUUAUCCGGCAAAAUCCAGUCAUUGUGGGAUCCAAUGAUUCCGGCGUUCUAUUUCACAAAUCAAACCACGUUCACUGCUGUUUUUAUGCGUUCUAUGGAUCUUUAUCUCAGCGAAUUUAUUCAAAUAUCAAGUCUGGUAACCUACAUAAUUAUUAUUACUCAUCUUGUUCGCAAUCGCAGACGGAUCAGAAAUAGUCGCGCUGAGUUGCCUCUUCUAUUCCAUUCUCUUUAUUCUUUUAUUGUUUGUGGAGUCCUGCUAUUUUUUUGGUACCAUCCAAUUUCGGAUACUGAUUUUUAUAAUCACUUUUUUAAUAUGCUGGUUGUAAUUCGAUUUGGUUUCGCUCCAGUACCUUUAUUGUUGACAAAUCCAACAAUAAGACUGCUGUUCUUUCAUUGUAACAAGAUUCCCAAUGCUGCGACUCCCACACUUCAAAUAUCACAACAGCAACGAAGAAGAAAUGAGACAUCUUCUCAUUUUCCACAUGCAAAGUAA